AUGGCUGUUCGCAACCCAAGUCUCGCCUCUUCGCGGCGCAAGUCCCGCAAGGCACACUUCUCUGCUCCCUCCAGCGAGCGUCGAAUUCGCAUGUCCGCUCCCCUCUCCAAGGAAUUGCGGGAGAAGUACAACGUCCGCUCCAUUCCCAUCCGCAAGGACGACGAGGUCACCAUCGUUCGUGGAAGCAACAAGGGUCGUGAGGGCAAGAUCACCUCCGUCUACCGUCUGAAGUGGGCAAUCCACGUCGAGCGUGUCGUCCGUGAGAAGACCAACGGCCAGAGCGUUCCCAUUCCCAUCGCCCCAUCCAAGGUCGUCAUCAGCAAGCUCAAGCUCGACAAGGACCGUGAAGAAAUCCUGGCGCGUGUCGCCAAGGGCCGUGAGGCUGUCCAAAGCAAGUCGGCUUAA